AUGAAGCAAGAAAGUUAUCCACUGACAUCCGACGAAUCAUCUGGUCAACCGAAUGCAAAUCAAGGAGACAAUAGAGAAGGUCUAGAUCAUUCAACAAUAGGCGAAUUCAAAUAUGCUCUUCCUCAUGAAUAUUCUCAUAAUUUUGCAUUGUCGACAACUACUGUACAUGAUGUGUCUACUACUAUGGAAGUAUCUCAAAACGAAAAACCGUUAUCUGCAUUGGCGUCAACUUUUCUACCGAAGAAAUCUAUCAAAAACUCCACAGCUAUUGAACAGGAUUGUGUGGAAGAUCAACAACUGAACAAUAAACUUUUAGAUCCAAAUCGCAUGUUAAUAGAAAAGCUGUUGACACUUCUAAAAUUACCAUGUUCACAACCUCUCGUACCUCCUGAACCGUCAUAUGUGAAUAUGUCAAAUUCUGUACAAAAUGGUGAUACAGACCAAUCGUUGACUGAGACUACUGACAUUUCAACUAUGUCUGAUCAAGUGGUCAUCAAAUUUGAUGAGACACCUUUACGAAAUCAAUCCACUGAUGAAUUGAAACGACCUUAUAGUGCAGAAUGUAUUAAAAAAUCAUCAAUUCCUAAUUACAAUAAUGAUGAUAUUAUGCUUCUAUGCAAUGAAAAAGUAAAUACUAAGUCUAAGAAACGUAGAAAAACGCUACAACACCAGCAGCAGCAACAACAACAACAAUCGUCAAUAUUUCAGUCGAAUGAGAAUAACAGUAUUUCCCUCACUGAUACAGAUGAUGUGUACAUUUCAGUUAAAUCUGAACCAGAUUCUGAGCUAUCAGAAGCCAAUUGUUCAUUCGCUACACCAGCUCAUCCGUCAGCUUGUUCUUCUGGUAAGAAGAAAAAUCAACCGAAAAAAUUUCGAGACUUCCGUAUUCCGUUGACAUCCGAUGAGUCAUCUGGUCAAAUGAAUACAAAUCAAGAAGAUAAUAGAGGAUGUUCAUAUCAUUCAACAACAGGCGAAUUCAAAUAUGCUCUUCCUCAUGAAUAUUCUCAUAAUUUUGCAUUGUCGACAACUACUGUACAUGAUGUGUCUACUACUAUGGAAGUAUCUAAAAACGAAAAACCGUUAUCUGCAUUGGCGUCAACUUUUCUACCGAAGAAUUCUAUCAAAAACUCCACAGCUAUUGAACAGGAUUGUAAAGAAGAUCAACAAAUGAACAAUAAACUUUUAGAUCCAAAUCGCAUGUUAAUAGAAAAGCUGUUGACACUUCUAAAAUUACCAUGUUCACAACCUCUCGUACCUCCUGAACCGUCAUAUGUGAAUAUGUCAAAUUCUGUACAAAAUGGUGAUACAGACCAAUCGUUGACUGAGACUACUGACAUUUCAACUAUGUCUGAUCAAGUGGUCAUCAAAUUUGAUGAUGCAGAAUGUAUUAAAAAAUCAUCAAUUCCUAAUUACAAUAAUGAUGAUAUUAUGCUUCUAUGCAAUGAAAAAGUAAAUACUAAGUCUAAGAAACGUAGAAAAACGCUACAACACCAGCAGCAGCAACAACAACAACAACAAUCGUCAAUAUUUCAGUCGAAUGAGAAUAACAGUAUUUCCCUCACUGAUACAGAUGAUGUGUACAUUUCAGUUAAAUCUGAACCAGAUUCUGAACUAUCAGAAGCCAAUUGUUCAUUCGCUACACCAGCUCAUCCUUCAGCUUGUUCUUCUGGUAAGAAAAAAAAUCAACCGAAAAAAUUUCGAGACUUCUGUGUUAAACGUCGUAAACAUCAGCAUUGA